GAGGCGGACUUUGAUGUGACAGAGUCGAUCCCGGUGGAUGUACUGGUAACAAACCUCAUCAAGAAGAAUCUGCUUCCCUCUGCUCGCCUCUGGAUAACCACACGACCUGCAGCAGCCAAUCAGAUCCAUUCUGAUUUUGUGGACAUCAUGACAGAGGUUAGAGGAUUCACUGACCAGCAGAAGGAGGAGUACUUUGGCAAGAGAUUCAGAGAUGAGGAGCAGGCCAACAGAAUCGUCUCCCACAUCAAGACAUCACGAAGCCUCCACAUCAUGUGCCACAUCCCAGUCUUCUGCUGGAUCACUGCUACAGUUCUGGAGGAUGUCAUGAAGACCAGAGAGGAAGGAGAGCUGCCCAAGACCCUGACUGAGAUGUACGCAGAAUUUUUGAAGUUUCAGAUCCAUCAGACAAAAGACAAGUAUGAUCGCAAAAAAUGCAGGCGGUACAUUAAAUCAUUAGCAAAACUGGCUUUCCACCAACUGGAAAAGGGCAACCUGAUCUUCUAUGAGAGAGAUCUCAAAGAGAGUGGCAUUGAUGUCAGUGGAGCCUCGGUGUGCUCAGGAGUGUUCACAGAGAUCUUCAAAGAGGAACGUGGGAGGAAGAAAGAUGAAGACAGGAUGUUCAGCUUUGUCCAUUUGAGUGUUCAGGAGUUUCUGGCAGCUUUAUAUGUAGAGAGGGAACUCGUUAACAGAAACAAGAAUGUGAUGUCUGAACCAGGGCAAACAAGUGGCAAACAAGUGCGAAAGGUUUUCAGCAAAACAUCUAUGACAGAGGUCCACAUGUUUGCUAUUGACAAGGCCUUACAGAGUCCAAAUGGACACCUCGACUUGUUCCUCCGAUUCCUCCUGGGUCUUUCACUGCAGACCAAUCAGAACAACCUACGCGACCUGCUGAAAAAGAAAAGAAGCUCAGAGACCAAUCAGAAUACAGUCGAGUACAUCAAAAGUCGGAUCAGUGAGAAUCUGUCUCCAGAGCAAAGCAUCAACCUGAUCCACUGUCUGAACGAGCUGAAUGAUCGUUCUCUAGUGGAGGAGAUCCAACAGUACCUGAGUUCAGGAAGUCUGUCCACAGAUAAACUGUCUCCUGCUCAGUGGUCAGCUCUCGUCUUCAUCUUACUGUCAUCAGAAAACGACCUGGACGUGUUUGACCUGAAGAAAUACUUUGCUUCAGAGGAGGCUCUUCUGAGGCUGCUGCCAGUGGUCAAAGCCUCCAACAAAGCUCUACUGAGUGGUUGUAAUCUGUCAGAGAGAAGCUGUGGAGCUCUGUCCUCAGUUCUCAGCUCCCAGUCCUCCAGUCUGAGAGAGAUGGACCUGAGUAACAACAAACUGAAGGAUUCAGGAGUGAAGCUGCUCUCUGCUGGACUGGAGAAUCCACACUGUACACUGGAGACUCUCAG